UUUUGAUAUUGAAAUCACUAUAACUAUAAAUGGACUGUUCCAAAUUCAAAGCUGGACUUGUCCGUGUAAGAUAUUUGGUAGGCUAAAAGUGAAAGUAUUUUUUACUAUAACAGGACGUUACGGAGGGUUCAGGGACAGGAUUGGGUAUGACGAGGUCGAUGCCGUACCUGGUGACGUGGUAAACACGGAUGCGGGGACUGAGAUGAAGAAACAGAUGGAAAUUGACUUGGACUAUCCAAAGAAAGUUUUUGCCCCUCUGUUUGAACUGACAGCAGCUGACAGAACCAAGUUAAAUAGCUUGUUAUUACAGUUGAUGUCUGUGCCACGAGAUAUGGUUGUCCUCUCAGACCUUUUGGAUGAUGUUGGCAGAGGUAAACAACUUCAGUUCAAGAUGGAUGACCUAAAAGGGAAAUUUCUAUCAUCAGAUGACUCCUGGACUGAAAUCCUGACAUUUGCUGGCUUCCAAGUAAAAGAUGGCCAUUUGUCUCACUCGGACAAACCGAGCACGAUGUUUCACGCUAUUGAGGAAUAUUUCGAUGCUGCUAGUAUGUUGGAUGAUGACAUGUUUGACCUAAUAAAACAAUUUUCACCACAAACAGCCGACGCCAUGCUUACAGUGCUGUAUAAGGGUAUUAAAGGGAAAGAUGUCAGUGAUCCAGUCACGGUUCAAGCUUGCCUCGGAGAUUCUACCUGUAUUAAAAUAUUGCUGGAUCUACAGUAUAGUAUACAAGGUGAAAUGCUCAAGGCUCCGGAACACCUUGUCUAUAUAAUUGAUGAAGUGUAUUGGGUUAUAUAUGCAUUGUAUGGUAAUGAUAAGAAUAGACAAUGAGAAGAGAAGAAUUGUAACAGUGGUAUAGUGAAUGUUUAAAGGAAUACACAGGCAAAAGAAUGACAAAAAGAUUAAUUUGGUCUUGUUUACUCAAAUCACAUUUUAAAUGAAAUGAAAGUCCAAUCACGUUUUAUCUAUAUAAAUAAUAUAUUAAUAAGGUUUUGAAUUUAAAUUAUAUGAAUGUAUGUUAAAGGAAAUUGAAAUGCAGAUGGAAUCAUGCAGUUAUUUUACAAAACAUGGGGUGGCUUUAUUAUAUAGAGAUUAAAUGUAUUGUAAAUUUAUUAUUUUUUCCUUUUGGUUAUUACAGUUAGGUUGUACUUUAUAUGAGCCGCGUCACGACAAAACCAAUAUAGUAUGUUUGUGACCAGCAUCCGCGCAGUCUGGUCUGGAUCCAUGCUGGUCGCAAACGCUCUAUGUUGGUUUUGUUGUGACGCGGCUCAUAUAAUUUUUUUUGUAGAAAUUGAGAUAUAUCAUGCAUUUCAUUAUAGUAUAGUUUAAAAAAAUGUAUAGUCUGUUUCAAAGCUUAUUUUUCAAAUAGUAUAGUUUUGAAAAUGUAUAGUCUCUUUCAAAACUUAUUUUCAAAUAGUAUAGUUUUGAAAAUGUAUAGUCUGUUUCAAAGCUUAUUUUUCAAAUAGUAUAGUUUUGCAAAUGUAUAGUCUGUUUCAAAGCUUAUUUUUCAAAAAGUAUAGUUUUGAAAAUGUACAGUCUGUUUCAAAGCUUAUUUUUGUAUGAGAAAGUUUAUUAUGUAUGAAAUUAGUUUGUCAUGCAUGUCAUAUUUGGCCGAUGUACUUGUAUUUAUUGUAAAUAUGUCAUCUCAUGGACAAGUCUGGUUUACCGGCUUUGCGAAAUUAAGAUUUUCAUGUUGCAUGUCAGCAGAUGAUUAGUCAGUAUUAAAAAAAAAAAAAAAAAAAAAAAAAAAAAUUAUUGUGUAUGAAAAUGUAUAAAUAUCUACAAUCUAUGCAAUGCCUUUCAUGCAAUGUGAUAACACUGAUUAAUAUACAAUAUAGUAUGGUAGUAUGAUUAUAAUUUUACUAUUUUUAUAACCAUAUUUUUACCAUGUUACUAACAGCUAGAUUUUUCUGUUUUUCUUACUUUUCUUUUUUCCCCAUAUUUUGACACAUUUGAUAAUAUAUCUAUACAUGCUAUGUAUAUAAUGCUCUUUUUUGGCUAAGAUUUACAUUAUUUGCUUAAUUGACAUUUUGCAUAUUUUUUUGUACUAGUUAAAACUUAAAUUUGCUGCUGAAAUUUAAAAACAACAAUAACAACAGUAUUUACACAUAAAUCCAGGGACUAGAUGUAGAUCUGUUUGAAUAUGUAAUUGUCAGGAAUUUUAAUGCCAAAAUAUAAAUGUUAUCAGUUAGUUUUUACUCAGUAAUACUGAGUUUUGUCACACUAUAUAUCUGGACUGGUUUACUUGUAUUUAUACACGUGAAAAUGUGCUGUAAACCCUUGUUACAUGAGCUCGGAUGAUUUAUUUUUAUAUCAAUUUAUUUUUGAACUAUAUUUGAUCUUUUUUUAGGAAAAAUUAAUUAAGAAUUAAUAAAAAGUAUAUUUUAACUAAUUUUAGAUUCAUUGAGUUCGAUUUUUCCUGCCAAAAUUUGAUUGUUCAUGUAAACUUUAUUAUUAUAAUUAUUUUCUUUUGUAAAAUUGGAAUGUUGCGAUAUGAUCUAUACUGUGUCGCUGUUACGUAAAACCAAAAACAUACAAAAAAAACAACAAAAAUCUAUGUUAGUUGUAAACAUCCCUCAUAAUUGGUUAUAUAAUUAGGCAAAAAUAUAUAUAUUAUUAUAUAUCACAUACAUGUACAUGUAAAACAUGACCCAGAAGUGUAAUAAAGCCACUUAAUAAAAACAAUUUUACACUAGUGUAAGAACACUGAUGUGACAUCAUUUGUAUUAAAGUAAAUGUCACAUUGUAGGUGCGUCAACGAAAAAUGACUCUUUGUUUUAAAUAUAAAUCAUUCUUAUUUUGAAUAUGUGAUACAUAGAAUAUUAUAUUCGUGUAGAUCAAUACUAAAUUUUUUGAACUUGUUGAAUACAACCAGAGGCUCGCCAUAAUAUAAUUUUAUUCAACAUAUUCACUUAAUUAAGUAUUAAUUUUCACUCAUUCAGUAUGAUCUAUAAAUGAUCGGCGUCAUGACAAAACCAACAUGGUGCAUUUGCGACCAGCAUGGAUCCAGACCAGCCUGCACAUCCACGCAGUCUGAUCAGGAUCCAUGCUGUUCGCUUACAACUCCAUAACAAGUAGAGAAACUGAUAGCGAACAGCAUGGAUCCUGAUCAGACUGCGCGGAUGCGCAGGCUGGUCUGGAUCCAUGCUAGUCGCAAACCCAUUAUGUUGGUUUUGUCAUGACGCGGCUCAUACAUUUAAAAGUUGAUGGAAAAUUUGUGAACAGUAUGCAAGCAUCAGUAAAGUGCUAAAAUGUUAGUGGUACUUUAUUCUGUAAUAGAAAUUAAUGUGCCAAUAAAAUGUAUGCAGCAUAAAAUGCUAAUAGAUUAAAAUCUAUGUACAAUUGCAGUAUAUCUAAAUUGCAAAGACAAUGUGCAAAUAGAUUUUUUUUUUGUU